GAAAUAAACAUGCGAAACACCUGGCUAAAACUUGCUAAUAAGGAACCAGAUUCAUUUUCGACUGAAAGUAACAUUUAUUUUUGCGAAGAUCACUUUGACUUAGAAAAUGACAUGGAAAAUUACACGCGGUAUAAAAUAAUGGGUUCUGUUAAAAGGAUCCGAAUGAAGCCCAGUUGCAUACCCUCCAGAUUUGACUGCCAAACUGCUAGAAAACGCAAACCUACUCCACCAACAGAUGAGCAUGCAAUGCAACAGCAUGCUUCCAAGAGAACAGCAUUGGUGCCUGUAUCAGGAGAUAUACAAAUCCAGUCCAUAGAAAUGCCAAUAUCAUUGUUUCAUAAAGAGUUACUCAGUGAAGAAGAUGCCAUACCUACGUGUACUUCUCAUGAGAAGGAGUUUCAUGACAAGGCAGUGCAAGUAGUACAGCAUAACAUUCAGUUCUGUGAUCAAGCAGUACAAGUUCAACCAUUACAUGAACAUGUAUCUUGUCAAGUAGUACAACAUCGUGCUCACAAAUUGAUUCAAGCAUGUGUUGCAAAACAUUAUAGAAGUAAACAAGUGCAAUUCAAUGUGGCUGUGAAAGAUACUGUAUCAUCACCAAUACAACUGUUUGCUCAUCAAUCAACUUCAACAUCACCUAAUAAGCCGUCUAUGUCUGGUCAUUCGUCAACAAGAAGAAAACUAAUUUUUACUGAGGAAAAAUAUGACAGUGAUGUAUCUUAUACAUUAUCUCAAGAAGGAUCAACCUUUGACUCAUCUCCGUCAAAACCAUCAAGUCAAACUACUGAAGACAGUUCACAGGAAAAGAUUAUAAAAGACCAGAAAUUAAAUUUACAGAGUACCCUAUCUAAGAUAAAGAAAAAUCCUAGAAUGUAUAUUGGGAUACCAGCAGAGCUUUAUUUUAUAGUUGAUAUUAUUUCAAAACACACACAACAAUCAGAGAAUCAUAUUUUAUUAUGCUUAGUGAAAAUAAGAUUAAAUAGAACCUUUUCUCAGUUAGCAGAUGAUUUUGAUAUUUCACUGUCUCAAGCAACUGCUGUACCCCACAGUAAGAUGCCAUACGACAUGAAUACAAGAAUACAAAAUCAUUUAUCCAGUUUAGGCUACAGUAGCUCUUAUGAAUGUCACUAUGCCAUCGAUUCCACUCAACCGAUGUGCAAGCAGGCUCUUCAGUGCGACGGUGCAACCACAUUAAAAAUGCAACAGCAUGUUUACAGCCUCCAGCAGCUGCAGGACAAUCUUCACAGAGAGCACUCUUAA